UCAGCCUGAAAACCUCUCAUUACUGUAUAACUAUUCACUAUGGCUAAGAAGCUGGUGACUGUUCUCCUGCCCUUACUACUCUGCUUGGUGGGGAUCAUAGGAAUCCUCCUCUUGGUCCUCCCCACACAAGAAAUUAAUGGCACCCCAAAGUAUAAGUAUGGAAUUGUAUUGGAUGCAGGAUCAUCUCACACAGCUCUCUUCAUUUAUAAGUGGCCGGCCGACAAGGAAAAUGAAACGGGCAUUGUAAGCCAGCACAGCAUGUGUGAUGUACAUGGCCCCGGGAUCUCAAGUUAUUGGCAAAGCCCUCCUGAUGCAGGAAAGAGUCUAGAGGAAUGCCUGAACCACGCAGUAAAGGAGGUCCCAUCCAGCCGUCACUCAGUCACCCCCCUUUACCUAGGGGCAACCGCUGGCAUGAGGCUACUCAACUGGACCAAUGAACCUGAUUCUGAUAGGGUGCUUGCAGCUGUCAGUGACACUUUGAAGUCUUACCCUUUUGAUUUCCGUGGGGCUAAAAUCCUGUCCGGUCAAGAUGAGGGAGUGUUUGGAUGGGUCACUGCUAACUAUCUGCUGGAAAAUUUUAUUAAGUAUAGCUGGAUAGGACAGUGGUUUCAACCCAAAAAGGGGACUUUGGGUGCCAUGGACUUAGGUGGUGCUUCAACCCAAAUUACCUUUGAAACUAAGGACGCUAUUGAGGACCCACAGAAUGAGGUGAACCUACGACUGUAUGGCCAAUCAUACAGAGUGUACACUCACAGCUUCCUGUGUUAUGGGAGGGACCAAGUACUCAGGAGAGUCGACUCCAAAAUUUUUAAGUCACAGAACUAUGCAGAGAAUAUAGAAAGUCCAUGCUGGCCAACCGGUUAUAGAAAGAACAUGACCUUGGGAGAUGUGUACGAGACACCUUGCACAGCCAAAGAGAAGCCUCAGCCUUAUGAUCCCGCUAAGUCUGUCACCGUGUCCGGUACUGGAAAUGCUGUAGAGUGUAGUAAAGUUGUGGACAGUUUGUUUUCAUUCUCCAGCUGUGACUACUCCUCCUGUUCCUUCGAUCAAGUCUUUCAACCCAACGUUACUGGAAACUUCAUUGCAUUUGCAGCUUUUUACUAUACAGUAGACUUCAUCAAAUCCGUGAUGCGUAUGCCGGUAAAUACUCUGGAGGAUCUGCAGAAAGGAACGAAUGCUAUUUGCUCCUCUUCCUGGUCUGAACUCCUUAGUAAAGCCCCCAAACUGCAGAAGCAUCUUGACGGAUACUGCGCCACUGCUAACUUUGUCUACCUUCUGGCAAGUAAAGGGUACAGGUUUAACGAAGAAACCUUUCCCAACAUUGCUUUCCAGAGGAAGGCUGGGGAAACCUCCAUUGGCUGGGCCCUGGGAUAUAUGCUGAAUCUCACCAACAUGAUUCCAGCGGAGCAGGCAUCUGUUUUCAAAGCUACUACCCACGGCUCCUGGGCGGCCCUCAUUUUCCUUUUCGUUGUUAUUAUACUAGUGGCCCUGACUAUUCUUUUAACCACCUUCAGGUCCGGAAAACAGCAUGAAACCAUUUGAUUUUCUUUGAAGAUUUACAUUAUUAAAGGCCAAAAAGUGAAGGGGUUCCACUGGUUUCAGAAUUCAACCAUUGUCUUAAUGGACCAUAAGACUUCUGAAUACCAACCAUAUAGGACAAAUUUCAUUGAGGAUCCAGGAAAUAAGUUUGAAGUGAUAACAUGCAAAAUGGAACCAGAUGCUGUGAUAGUGGAACAAUACUUGGAAUCUAUGUGGGAAAUAGCCCUCGCCAUACUGUUUUGUUUUUUUUAGUCUUUUUUUUUUAAAGCAUGUUGCUCCUUUAAAAAUAUCUCCCAAUCAGAGAGGUGUCUUCAUAGGAUUUGGAGAAAAGCCUUGGUCUUCCAAGCAGUGUUUUUGACCCCCCCCCCCCCUGUCGGCAUCAAUACACUUUUAAUGUACACACACAUACACAUGUAACUGGGUAAUUUGUGAUAAUGAAUAAGGUUUUUAAAACUACAGAAUUAAAUUUAGUUUGUGGUUGGGAGGGUUUGAAUAACUGUUGUACAGCAAAUAGAAUCCCUUUUACCAGUAUUUUUCAGAUUUAUGUAGUCUUGAUAGCCUAUUACAAUUUUUCAGUACAUACAGACUGCAACUGUGGGUGGGUACAGCCACUUUAACAUUAGUGCAAACAUUUUGCGUCAGAAUAUUUGGAACGUUAAAAAAAACACACAGCAAAAUGCAUUUUACCGCUUAGUAUUUCCUUUAAAUUUAAUUGUAGCAAGGAAGGAAAUCCUUUUUUUUAUUUUAGAUUAUUAUUUUUUUAAUCUGACUGUGACAAAAAUAAAUAAAUGAUGCCAUGUCAACACUGA